AGAAUUGCUGAUUAUAAGAAUGUUCCAGAAUAUCAACUAUAUAAUAAAAGUGUUAGUGACAACUCAGAACAUGACCAAGGUAUGAAUAAAUUGAUUAAUGUUAUCUCUGGAAUGUUUAACCAUAGCAUGCAAGCUGACGAUAUUGAAAAU